UUUGUGUAGAGAUAAAUGAUGGUGAAACGCUUACCAGCUGGUGUCCCUGUUUAGAUUGUAUCUUGAAAAGUUAAAGGCGCCCGCCUGAUAAAUUUUGACACUGACCCAAGUAAAACAGAAAUGCGGCCUUCGAAAAAGUAAAUUGUUACUUGAAAGUUUAAGUGAGAUAAAUUGCUUGAUAGAAAAAGUCUUCAGGAGAUAUUUUCAAUAUUUUUAAAAUUUAAUAAUGUUAAAUGAAAAAGUGAAAAACGAGUUAAACUUUUAAUUGUCUGGGGUCAACAUCAAAUUUGACAAACAUGGAUUUUGCACUUCCUAAGAUGAUAAAAGGUUGGAGGAAACGUAAAAAGAAUAUAAAAAAGGCACUCACUGCCGAAAAGGUAUCAGAGCCAAAUAAGGUAUUAAUGAUUGCGAGAUGUUCAGCCCCUCAAGUUGUGGAUAAUUUUCAAAUGGGUUCGAAAACAUACUUAGUACUUCGAGAAAUGGCUUUUAUGAGAAUCACAGAAUGUCCUUGCUCAAUUUGCUCAUCUACGUCGACUUGCUCAGAUGAGACAGAAUGUCAUUGUGAUGAGGAUAGUGAAUCUUUUACUUUAGCAAAUUAAAACACUGAUCACUUAUUUCGAAACAUUUUGAUUAUUGUUUUAUAUAAAUUAGAUAUUGACACGACACUCGGAAGAAAUUCUGAAAUUCAGGAUAUUUUAGAAAUAGAAAGGAAAUGUUUUUCGAAAACUAUGUUCCAAACCAAAUCUGGAUUCUCAACUUUAAGGUUGGAAUCCUUGAUAAAAAUAUUAAAAAUGAAUGAGUCAUUUAAAUCACCUAUCUUAUUGUGUUGAUAAUGAAUUCAAAGGCUGCUUCCAAAAAAGUUGAUCAAUCAGUAAAAGCGAAAACUGCACCUAAGAAGUCAGGAGGUUUACUUCAACAACUAUUUUCUUGUUGUACAUCAUCAGAAAAGAAACAGGAUCGCAGCUCAGAUAAGCCAUCGAAGUCAAGUAAGGCAACUGCAAAACCGAGAAAGAAUAAAGUCCAAGAAUCGAUCAAGAGAACACGAUCCCCGACUUCCACAUCAAAUCCUGAACAAAUUGUAAAUUGUAAAAGGAAAAGCAAACGGUCCAAAACAAAGUGGAAGAAAAAUUCAACGGAAAAAGAAAACGAAAACGAAAGUAAGGAAAGUAAAGAUAGAGAAACGCAAAAGACUAUAGAUAAGGAAAAUACAGAAACUAAAUUAAAGGAAAGUAUCGAAAAUAAGGAAAAAGAGCAGAAGGAAAAUAAAAACGAAAGAAGGAAAAGGAAGCAAAAAGAGAGAAAGGAAAAGAGAGAAAGGGAGGAGAAGGAAGAAAAGGAGAGGAGAACUAUGGAAAACAGAGAGGAUGAACAGAAGGUAACAAUAAAAAAGGAAAUGGAAAAGCAGGAUUUAAAAGGAACACAGAUAAUAAAGGAGGGGAAAAUGAAAAGAAAGAAUCAUGAUUUAAUUUACAAGACUGCAAAUGUUGAGAACACGAAAAAUAUAGAAUCAGAGGCUUUUUCAAAGUCUCAUAACGAGGACAAAAAGUUUGCUUCUUUUGCAAGUUCCAGUACUGCGGUUGGUGGUUUGUAUUCUGACCAACGAGAACUUCCGGCCGUCAAAAUUGGCCCCGAUUUUAAAAAGGAGAUCACGAAUUUGCCUUACGAAACAUCUCCGUCAAUUUCGGUUAAAAAAUAUAAUGAACUUCCGUCUACUUCUUACCAAUUAUAUGCACCUGUUGACAAUCAUAAGCGGAUAGAUAUUGAUGGGCCUUGUUCCGGUUAUUGUGCUCGUUAUCUGGAAAUAGACUGUACAAAUAAAAAAUGGAAAAAGUUUGCGAAGAAGUAUUACAAAAUGAAGCUCGAAGGACAAACUUGUAAGUCGCAAAAGAGGUCCAAAUAUCCAAACCCGAAGAAAGAAUCACAUCCUACAUUUAAAUACAUUCUUGAGGAAAAUUGGAAAAAGUUACAGAACAAACUACCGUUCUUGCGUAAAAAGUCGCAGAAAUCUUCCAAAAAAAGGUACUCCAGGAGUCACAGCAGCAGUGAAAGGGAGAGCAGUAAAUGCGAAGUAAAGUACUGCCCAUCUGAAGAGUGCAAGGAACCACAAUCCUUCCGCAAAAAAAAUAAGAAGAGUAAGGAGGAAUCCAAAAUUAAAAAGAAAGUCAAAAGAUCAUCGAAAAAAGAUAAAGCUUGUUCUGUAAGGUCAUCCCUUGAAUUAAUAACAGUUUGCACAACGAGAAGAGUAAGAACCAAAAAAUCGACAGAAUAUAUUUGAUCGAAAAAGUCUGUAAAUGAAGAAGAAAUUUAAGAAAAAUCAGAAUAUAAAAAUAAGGAGAUGAGAAAAGUUCGUCGAAACAAUUAUCGCCUUUUUGAAUUCUCAGCUGUUCUAAUAAUUGUACUUGUUUUGAAUAUGCAAAUAAAAAUUUUCAAAAAUAGGUGAACAUACGUAAUGCAUUACAAGU